UCGUAUCAUCGCUCUGAGUCCGAUUCCUUCCCGGCAGGUGGCGCGGUCUGAAGAUGGGAGUGCGCCUGUAGAGCUUCAGCAGGAGGGUGAGGGCCUUGUUCCUGGCCAUGAGGAGCAGCUGGCCCAUCCACGGCUGUCUGCGGCUGAUCAAAAAAGAGGCUCGCAUGGCGGACUAAUCGAGCGGUGUUUUGUGUUUGUUCUGAAAAAUUCAACUUUCUAGCACCCCGAGUUGUCAAGUGAGUCUGUUGUUCAGUUGCUUGAAAAUCGGGUUUAGUACACAAUACAAUGAGUAAAUCUAAGUCUGAAAUUUUCGGCUCCUCGCACAAGGGUUGUCAGCAGAAAGUCCACUUGCCGAAGACGCCAUCGGCUGCCGGGACGGAUCCCCACGUUGCUGACCUAAGCCUUUGCGGAAAGCCCAGCUUCCACGUCUGUCGCGGAAGAAAGUCUCCCGGUAUGACCGAAGUCGACAGCUCUUCAGACCUCAGACAACCCCACAGCCUAAAUCUUCAGUACACCGCUCUAAAGGUCCAAGGCAUAAUGAAGCACCAACAGAACAUAAUCGAACUGGUUGACGAUAAUAAGAAGAAUAUGGCUGAUCGAAAGGGUUCCCGGAUAAGGGAUGACUACGAAAAUUAGGCGCCACAGAAAGCCGUGUUAUUUGUUUAAGUUUUCCAGUUCAAUUAAAAUAUACCAUAGUGACAUCGGCACCUGAUGCAUUUGUUCAACAUUCUUAAGAUCUGGCCACCUCGAAUUAUCCGCUCAGCUCUGCCAUCGUUCGCUCGGUGAUA